AUGGAAGUAAACACAACUAAGAUGUAUCUGCCCUGCGUUGGCUGGACUAAGAGCACAACUCCAUCGGCCCCGGUUACCAGACGGCAGGGAGGCGGCAAACGCAAUGACCACUACAAGGCCUGCCUCCCCCUUCCAGACCGGCUGCCAGCCCAGCAACCCCCCAGAGCUAUUACCCCCGCCAGCCGACUAAAUGGCAGCCAAGGCGAUGCCGGUCGCUACAGUUACAAAACGCAAUGUCUGCCAAUGUAG